CGCGGGAGGAGGAUGGGGGCCGGGUGGUGGCCAGGCCUAAGAGGUCCUGCGGAGGGCGGCCCGCGCCUCAGUUUCCCCAUUGCUUCAGGGACGGGGAGAAGAACCAGACGGAGGGGCUCCGUGUUUCAGUAUCCUUCAUUUAACAGCUUCUUUGCGGUUCUUUUACCCGUCCUACUCUUUGCUCUCUGUUGGCAUCUGUGAGGAAAACCAGCUUUCCCGGGCCCGGUGCCUUUGGCCUCCAGGACGUCUGGUCAGAUGAGCCACAGAUGGAGGACAUCGGGGACCUGACCUUCCACGGACACCCCACCUGGGUGGCCCCUGCGGCCAGCAGGUUCCUAAAGGGAGACCAAAGCAUGGGUGUGAAGCCUGCACGGCAGGGGAGGGGUCCCUGGCUGAGCUCAGGCAGGUCCCCCUCCACCGCCCUGGCCACCAGCACCGCCUCAGCUGCUGGGUCUCGGAUCAGAGCCAGUGAGGUGCUUAGGAAGGCAGCCCGGAUAGAAAGCAAGAUCCUGAGCCGGGCGAAGGUGCAUGUGACACAGCGGGACACAGAGUCAGACCCCAAGACCAUGGGUGAGCGUCCCCCGAAGAGGAGAGAGGAUAUGGCCCACAGAGGCCCUGCCAGCCCCCUGUCACAGGAGGUACCAGGGACCUUCUGGACGGGAUCCCAGGAGGCCGCCAUGGCUGAGAGCCCAGCACCGGGUGGGGACAGCAGGAGGUUCCUGAAGACCAAGGGACCGGCCAUGGGGGACAGGGGCCCAGACACCUGUGGGUGCCCGGAGGAGACGCCUCGCACUCCCAGGCGAAAGGGACAUGCCAGGAAGCUGAGUUCUCCGGACAGUGAAGAGGACAUGCGAGCCUUGCUAAGGAGCCUGGUGGAGUCUCCCAGAGAAGAAACAUCCGGCCGUCUGGGGCUCCCUGGCGGUAAGGUCAGCCAGCAAGAACCUAGGAAAACAUCCCCGCAUCAGAUCCCGACUCAGCGGAGAGUCCUUCCCGGUGCGAAGCCUGCUCAGAUGCUGAGCCCGCCAGCCUCAGGGUCAGUGCACAGGGCUCCUCACAGCACCCACUCACGGACACGCUCCCCACAGACCCCUGUCUCCGGGGACCCCACCUCCUGCACAGCCUGGCUUUCCAUCUCGGGCACCUCGGUGAAGUCAGUGUCCUCCGCAGCGGUUCACGGACGGCUCGCCUCCUGCCCUGGAAGGAGUGCAGCGGGGCCCGGUGACGGCGACGACGACAGCCUCAAGGAUUUUAGGGUCAAUAUUUUGUCACUUGAAGAUCUGGCCCCAGCCCUCUGUGAGAAAUCAGACUGGGCACAGAGAGGAGCCUGUGCGCAGGGAGAGAAGCCCUCAGGCAGCAGCCUUGCGGCCCAGGCGGCUGCUUCUGCUCAGCUGGAAGCCUCAGGACGGCCCCAACCACAGAGCUCCGCAUUUCAGGGUGCGGCCACCCCUGGGGCUGGGGACAAGGGCGUCCCCACAGAGAGCAGGGCCUCGGAGUGCCUGGGUGGCAGCGUGUCCAGCAGGAGGCCGUGGUCCGAGGCCCCCUUGUGCAGCUUGGCGAGCACAGCCCACUCGCAGGACUUGGAGUGCUCACCCGGCCCCUCCCAGGGUGCCCCUGCCGGGACGCUGGACACCUUGUCCUCCAGUGCAGGGAUGGCGCUCCUCCCCAGACCACCCUCGUGCAGGUGUGCCCGGGCCCGGCCUGCCACGAGAGUCACACUGAGGGAGACGGCGGUGCAGACACUGGACGUCGCCUCCACUGGCCUGUGGGCGGAGGUGGCCGGCGGCGGGGCCCUGGGAGGCACCUACGUGGACCCGGUGCCCAUCGCCCCUCACGUGCUUAGCGCAGAUGCCAUCGAAGCCCUGACAGCUCACAGCCCGGCGGCGGUGGCGCUCGAGGACCUGCUGAGGCAGCAGCUGCACCUGACGCAGCAGUUCAUCCAGGCCAGCCGCCACCUGCACGUGUCACUCCUGCAGUCGCUGGACGGGGACACCUUCCACUACCACAGCCUGGAGGAGGCCAAGGAGAAAUUGUUUCUGUCGGACAUCCACAAAGACACCCACAGUGUACAAAUCUCAGACUGUGCUGCUUGCAGCCCCGUGCAGCUUCCGAGGUGUGUAUACCUCAGCCCCACGGUCCCUCACGUUUUCUGCGCCAGGUGUGAACCACGUGAUGUGAAAGUGUUCACAGGAAUCCCAUCAGACCCGAGGCGCUGCUGUCUCUAUUUUCCCUUUGCUAUGCAAAUAUUCCAGUGUGUUUCUGAAAACGACUUCAUUAUUUAUUUUGUUUUUUGGGUUUUCCUUUUGAGAUAGGGUCUCACUAUUAGUGAAGACUGGCCUUGAACUUGCAGCAAUCCUCCUGCCUCAGCCUCCCCAGCACUGAGAUUACAGGCCUGGAGCUCACUAUGUAGCCUAGGCUGGACUGGUACCCCAUGGUGAUCUUCCUGCCUCAGCCUCCCAAGUGCUAUGGACUGGUUGAAAAUAACUUUUAAAAAUACAAUCAACAGCUCAGCGGUGCUGGCGCCUGACUGGCAAGUUCCUGAGUUUUAUCCCCAGUACCAAAAAAAACAACAAUUAAAAAAUACAAUCAACAGCUGGGCAUGGAGGCCAUGCCUGCCACCCCAGCAUUCUAGGAGGCUGAGGCAGGAGGACAGCAAGUUAGACCUUGUUCAGAAAAUAGGAGUCAGGGAUGUAGCUCACUGCCGAGGCCCCAGCCUCAAUCCUCAGUACAGAAAAUCAAAACAAACAAAAGUCACAAUGUCACUGAUAUGAGAAAUUCAGUGUUCAGAUUUUCCUUGUCUUGUUCCAGCCAUGCGUUUUAUCCUGAUUUAAGCUUAUCUGCGUGUUUACUGCCAGGGAUGGAACCAAGGCCUUGCACAUACUAGGCAGUGCUCCACCAAGCAGCUGCACCUCAGUCCUUUCUAUGUUGAAACAAGGUCUCACUGGGCUUAAACUUGAGACCCUUCUGCCUCAGCCUCCUGAGGACCUAAGUCACAGCACCACACAGUACCCGAAAUCUCAAGGGUGCACCAGACCUGGCAGUGUGCUGGGGCUGGAGGCCAGGACCUUGCAUGCUGGGCACUUGUGCUGCGCCCUGGCCCACUCGGGCACUUUCCAGCACGUCAGUCCAGAGCUGCACCUGCUUGGCCCCAGUGGGUUGUGAGGCAGCUGCUAGCCUAGCCUGGUGGGGGUCCCAGGGGGGCCACUCUCCAGCCCCGCCCCGCUUCCUCAGUUUACUUCGGGCUCACAAGAGACAGCAUGUUCUGGGCUGGCCUGGCUGGGGAGUCACCUCAGCCAGUUACCGCGGGUGCAGUCUACCCGUGCCCCUUGCUGCCCAGCCCUGUGUGCUGGGGGCACCCGGGUCCCCCUUCUAAGCCCUCGCUCCUGCAGAGCCCUGCCCAGCACCAUGCAGGCCCUGGCAGUGAUGGUCCCCGUG